AUGAAGAUGUGCAGAGAGUAUGUUGUAGCUGGUAGCAGGGGUGGACUGACAACUCAUGGGGCCCCCAGACAAUUGGGGAUCAUGGGGCCCCUGUGUCUUCACCCACACUCAAACCACACCCAAAAAAGCCUAUGAAAGGUACCAGGGGCAUCUCAUGGGGCCCCCUACUGACCCCGGGCCCUCGGGUGGUGCCCGAGUUUCCAAAUGGUCAGUCCGCCCCUGAUCAUACCCCUACACAUUUAUUAUAGAAAAACAGUUACAUCUGAACUCCAAGGUGGUCUCCGCUCAUCAUUGCCCCCAUUCAUAGAAUGUCUUUUACUGUUUUCAGUGUAUAUAAGGUG